AGGAUAGGAGGAGCCUAAGGAGGUGUCUGCUGCAAGUUCCUGGCUGAUUCUGAGCUCACACCAUCCUCCGAGAGGGAGGAGGCUCAAGUGAUGCUGCUGCUGCCGCCGCCGCCGCCUCUACUGCUGGUACUCUAGUGGAGCUGGAAAGGGUGGUUCCUAUCGCACCAUCGCCAACCAGAGAGGGAGGGGAGAAAAAAAAAUCCCAGCAGCGGCUGCUGAUGUUGGCUUCCGAGGCUGCAUCCGACGCGGUCACAAGGAAAAUGGAUUCAGUUUGUAGCCCUCCCUCCUUCCAGCAUCUUCUCCUGGUCUCAGCAUGGGCUUCUGGGGCAGCGGUUGAGAAGACCUUAGCAAGGAGCACCACGCAGUAGUUGCUGAAACAUCUCACUCCAGGAAAUGAAACAGUAACAUGGCAGUACCUGUUUGAGAGGAUUAAAAUCCAAAAGACUCCAUUUAGCAAGGAACAAUGUCUAAGAAAGGGCGAAAUAAGGGCGAGAAGCCCGAGGCACUCAUUGUCGCCCUCCAAGCUGCCAACGAAGACCUCAGGACCAAGCUGACAGACAUUCAGAUAGAACUGCACCAAGAGAAGUCCAAGGUAUCAAAGCUUGAAAGAGAGAAGACGCAAGAAGCAAAGAGGAUUCGUGAGUUGGAGCAGCGCAAACACACGGUCCUGGUGACGGAGCUCAAAGCCAAGCUCCAUGAGGAGAAGAUGAAGGAGCUGCAGGCUGUGAGGGAGAAUCUCAUCAAGCAGCAUGAGCAGGAAAUGUCAAGGACAGUGAAGGUGCGGGAUGGGGAGAUCCAGAGACUCAAGUCUGCUCUGUGCGCUCUCCGGGAUGGCAGCAGCGAUAAAGUAAGGACAGCACUCACCAUUGAGGCCCGGGAGGAGGCCCGGAAACAGUUCGAUGCAGAGCGCCUGAAGCUCUUGCAGGAAAUUACAGACCUGAAAACUGCCAAGAAGCAGGUGGAUGAGGCUCUGAGCAAUAUGAUCCAGGCGGAUAAAAUCAAGGCUGGGGACCUUAGGAGUGAGCAUCAGUCCCACCAGGAAGCCAUCUCGAAGAUCAAGUGGGAGUCAGAACGGGACAUUCGGAGGCUGAUGGAUGAAAUCAAAGCCAAGGACAGGAUCAUCUUUUCCCUGGAAAAGGAACUGGAGACUCAGACAGGCUAUGUCCAGAAACUCCAGCUGCAGAAGGAGGCUUUGGAUGAGCAGCUCUUCCUGGUGAAGGAGGCGGAGUGUAACAUGAGCAGCCCAAAGAGAGAGAUUCCAGGAAGGGCAGGAGAUGGCUCUGAACACUGUAGCAGCCCGGAUUUGCGAAGAAAUCAAAAGAGAAUAGCUGAACUGAAUGCUACUAUAAGAAAGCUAGAAGAUAGGAACACCUUGCUUGGAGAUGAGCGGAACGAGUUGUUAAAACGUGUGCGGGAAACCGAAAAACAAUGCAAACCUCUCCUGGAAAGGAACAAGUGCCUCGCCAAGAGAAACGAUGAACUGAUGGUGUCCUUGCAGCGCAUGGAGGAGAAACUAAAAGCCGUAACCAAGGAAAACUCGGAAAUGAGAGAGAAAAUAACAUCUCACCCGCCCUUAAAGAAACUGAAGUCUCUGAAUGACCUUGACCAAGCUAAUGAAGAACAAGAGACCGAGUUUCUCAAACUGCAGGUCAUUGAGCAGCAGAACAUCAUUGACGAGCUCACCAGGGAUCGAGAAAAACUCAUCCGUAGGAGAAAGCACAGAAGAAGCUCAAAGCCAAUCAAGAGGCCUGUUUUGGAUCCAUUCAUUGGCUAUGAUGAGGACUCCAUGGAUUCAGAAACAUCAUCCAUGGCCUCCUUUAGAACAGAUCGGACACCUGCCACUCCCGAUGAUGACUUAGAUGAAAGUCUAGCUGCUGAAGAAUCUGAGCUACGAUUUCGACAAUUAACAAAAGAAUAUCAAGCCCUCCAAAGAGCAUAUGCCCUCCUGCAGGAGCAGACUGGAGGCAUUAUAGAUGCUGAAAGAGAAGCCAAGGCACAAGAGCAGCUCCAAGCAGAGGUGCAGAGAUACAAGGCCAAAAUCGAAGAUCUGGAGGCGACACUAGCUCAGAAAGGGCAGGACUCACACUGGGUAGAAGAUAAACAACUUUUCAUUAGGAGAAACCAGGAGCUUUUAGAAAAGAUAGAGAAACAGGAAGCAGAGAAUCACCGUCUACAGCAGGAACUACAAGAUGCCAGAGACCAGAAUGAGCUGCUGGAGUUUCGCAACCUAGAACUAGAGGAGAGAGAGAGGAGAUCCCCUCCAUUUAAUCUACAAAUUCACCCCUUCUCAGAUGGUGUGAGUGCUCUGCAGAUCUACUGCAUGAAGGAAGGUGUCAAGGAUGUCAACAUCCCUGACCUCAUAAAGCAGCUUGAUAUCCUGGGUGAUAACGGGAACUUAAGGAAUGAAGAACAGGUGGCCAUAAUUCAGGCCAGCACUGUGCUGUCCCUGGCAGAGAAGUGGAUCCAACAGAUUGAAGGAGCAGAGGCUGCCCUGCACCAGAAAAUGAUGGAACUGGAAAGUGACAUGGAACAAUUCUGCAAAAUCAAAGGCUACCUGGAGGAAGAACUGGACUACAGGAAACAAGCUCUUGACCAGGCAUAUAUGAGAAUCCAGGAACUAGAGGCUACCUUGUACAAUGCUCUGCAGCAAGAGACUGUGAUCAAGUUCGGUGAACUGCUAAGUGACAAACAGCAGGAGGAGCUGAGGACGGCUGUAGAAAAGUUACGGCGGCAAAUGCUGAGGAAGAGCAGGGAGUACGACUGUCAGAUCCUCCAGGAGAGGAUGGAACUCUUACAGCAAGCCCACCAGAGAAUCCGUGACCUAGAAGAUAAGACAGACAUCCAAAAGCGGCAGAUAAAGGACUUAGAAGAAAAGAAAAAAUCAAGAACACAGAUCAUACAUAACCCCAGAAGGCAAAUGCUUUUAAACCUUCAAAGAUGGCAAAAUUGUUUACAUCGACAUAAGGGAAAUCAAAAGCUAAGAACUACCUACUCUGUAGCCAAGACUGUGCUUUAAAGCCGUUAUUCAAGGUUUCUUACUUGACAGUUUAUAAUGACCCUGUUGAAAAAUCUACAUUAUAUGCUGCAUUUAAUGAAACAUGUGUAUGUCGAACCAGAAGAAGAGAACUAACUAUAAACGUAUAGUGUGUAAAGGAAAAAUUCAGCAAUGAAACCAGUUUCAGCAGAUCAAGAGAAGAUGUGUCUUGGACAUGGAACCAAAGUUACAAAGAAACAUUCAACUCCUGCUGUGCAGGGGGGGUCAUUUUAAUGUAACACCACACCCCAUGGAAAGACUAUUCCUGAAAAUAAACAUCAUUUUAAAAAAAACAAAAGAAAAAAAAAAAAAACAAGGGUGGGCGGGGAAUGAAGCACGAGGAGUACCUAUGAGGAGCUAUUUACAAUAAAAUGUUUCAUUUGAAAAGUCUGGUUUCUUACUACAGGGAUUUGCUUUUCUGUCCUUAUAAUUGUUUUAAACUCAGGAACAGAGACGUCCGUGAUACGGAUGGAAGAAACAUUCUCCAUUUUGUUUCUCCAAAAGGUGGAGUUGGGGAUCAGAAGUGGAUCCCAGUUAUGCUACAAGCAACCAAGUCAAAGGACUCUGGGGAGUGUAACACGGGCUAUUAAUGGAAAUCUGAUGCUUCCUUGUAUCACAUGCCUGCAUUUCUCCACCACGGACAGACUGGUCUCAUCCAUACUGAAAAUGAUGAAGAUUAUACCCACCAGUUACAAACUCCCUAACUUAGCUCUGUCUAGAGCAUCAAGAUCUAUAGGGAACUAGGGCCAGAAAACACCUCUGCAUCUUCCAGUUUCAAGUUCAAAUUGCCUGCAAAUGAAUAAGCUGUCCAACUUGGGUAACAUCCUAGAAGUGAUAAGUCAAAUACCAACAGUCGGGGUUGCCAGAGAGCUAUGGAUAUUAAGUAUCCUGCUAUACCCAAAGCAAUCUGAACUCUUGUCAUUUAGAACAAUGAAAUUAUUUUCUGAGAUAGAUGACAGAGACAAGAUGGGUCUACUUUUUUAGAAAGAGGUAACGUUACUGACACUGUGGUUCUUUACCACAGGCAGGUAGAAAACUCGUACUUCUCCUAAGUUAUGUAUUACUGAGUCUUGGAUUCAGCGCUGACAGUAAGUAUAUGUUCCUGAAAAGCUGAUUUUACACCUCAUUUACUGUAGAUAACAAGACAACCUCAAGUUUUCAAAUAUUCCAAGUUUUCUUUUGGGGGCUAGAAUUCCCAUGCAUAGAGAAUGUGUGUAGGGAGCCAGAAACUCUUUCUAGGAAAUGUUACACAAAUAGUUCCAUAUGUGAAUUGAGCAUAUUCUCCUUCAGUUUCUGCACUGGCAUUUUCCAAGCCAGAACAACAACCGAAAAAUCUACAAGACAAAACAGGAUGCUGGAGUCCCACAUUUCUGUCCUUGUUUUGAAUGCUUACCCAAGUGUUUGGCCCAGUCACUGAGCCUCUCUGUGCCUCAGAUUCCUCAUCUGCAAAAUGGGGGUUAGAUGCUUUUUUUUUUUUUUGGAAGGUUUUAUUUGCAAUUCUGGAAUAAGAGGUGCUUAAAGUAGCACAAAGUGCUUUGUAACUGUUGUAAAUGCUAUAUUGUUUGACUUCCCUGUACAAUGAAAUAGUUACCGAGUUUGAUUCAAACAGCAUAGCAUUACUGAAGCUUCCCCAUCAAGCUACCUGGGACAUUGUUAGCAAUAAAUUGUGAGAUUCAAAACCACGCUGUUGAAUCAUCUAUCUCAAAUGGAUUGACUCAUACUAUGUUAUUCCCAUGCUAAGCACCUCCUAUGCUCUUCCGAUUGCAUAAACACCCAUCAAACGAGACCCUGUUAUCAUCACAGGAGAGCCAACCAUGCAACCAAGUGUUGGCAAGAAGAGAAAGCAACCGAGAAACCCGAAUAUUUCUUUCAAGGAAUGCCAGAUGAUGUGUCCUAAAGCAAACAUAAAAACCAGAGCUAUCCAAUGGACUCUUUGUGCAGCUAAGGUAAGUUCCAGAUCAAACGCUAAAGAUUUAGGUUCAUCGUGCAGUUGAUGUGAAACAGGGUACUUAUACUAUGCCUGCCACCCAGCUAACUCUCUGUCAUAUGUGGAAAAAUACAAAUAACUUUUUUUUUUACCUCUUUAAUUACACUUCACCUACCAUUAUGGGGCCCACUUGAGAAAAAUCCAUACUUUAUCUGCUCCAAACAUGCCUUUCUUCUCUCCUUUUGGCCCUCCCUAUCAAGAACCUGAUAGGUUAAUUUUAAUACCAGAGCACUAUAUGUAAAUUAUUAUGAAUGUUAAUAAUAUGCCAUAUCUGCUUCCCUGCUGUUAGUUGAAUUGCAUCAAUCCCACACUGAACUGUGAGAGCAGCGGCUGAUUGGUCAUCUCUAAAACUUAGAUGUGUGUGUGUGUGUGUGUGUGUGUGUGUGUGUGUGUGUGUGUGUGUUGGAGAAUAUUCUUUCUGUUUAAUAUCCAGAAUACCAAGGAAAUUUCUCUAGAUUGUGAGCUAAAUGGUGUUAUCUUUACCAAGUUUGGGUCAUGUCCUCAAAAUGAACACUCUAAUAUUUAGACUAGGGAAUUUUGAAAGAUUCCAUCCAUAUUUACAAUUACAGCAAUGUUGAGAAAAUUGCAGGUGUGUGUUUUGCUCAAUUACAGAUCCAUGAAAAUGGAAUGCUUCCUUGCGUAUGAUGCUCAGAAAAGCCAAAAGAAUGUAACUUUAGUAAUAGAGAGGUCUGCUACGACUUUGUUUCUUAUUUUCCAAAAAGAUAAUUCCCACUUCUUUUAAUUUCUGUAUCUGUACCAUCCAGAUACACUUGGCCAGAGAUUGAGGGAGAAUUAGCACAAUAAGAGUCCAUUUACCUAUGUUCUCUUAGCCAAGGACUCAUCUCUUUGAAACUGACUGGAGUAGUUCAAGAGAAAGAAAAGCUCCUAUUUAGCACUGCCGGGACAGUGACCUCUCCAUGAGUGAGAAGAAAUGCAAAGACUCUGUGAUAACCAUUCUACAAAACACUGUCAUCAGCUUCACCAUCCCUUUUUAAAUAUCAUCUAACUUGUAUUUCAGAUGAAGAAUUAGGUUAGUGAUGAUCCUGUUUGACUUGGGUCUUGUCAGUUAAAUUGCCACUAAAAGUAAGGUUUUAAGAAUGAAAGAAUACACUUGGCCUUGAUUUUGAUUUUUUUUUUCUUCCAUCUAGAAAUAACUUCUUAUGCAGGUAUGUGGUUCUCCCCAGCUUAGGAGAUGGGGUCAUCUCUGGGAUCAGAAAGGGUUUCCACCCGCUGUAGAAGAAAUAAAAUUUGCCAAAUCAUUUGUGCUGCAGUAUUUUAUUUCAACCUGUGUAUUUUUCAUUAUUUACAUAAAUCUCGCCCAGUUUUCUUCUGCUUAUUUAUUGUUAACUUUUUCUAUAAACCCAUUGUAAAAUUUGUAUGUUUAUAUCUUCAUUGUAAUUGAUAAGCACCUUAUUUUAAAAUGAUGCCUAUUGUUUUAACCUGCCUGGGUUUUCAUAGAAACUGUAAAAAGAAUAUCUGUUGGUUAUAUGUUGGUAUUUAAAUAACUGGACAGUCUCUGCAAUCUUACAUCAAAGUAGAUGACCAAUGUACUCUAUAUUAAAACAUAUAGUUGUGUAUUUUUUAUCUGUCAAAGAGUGGAGUGGAAUACACACACACACACACACACACACACACACACACACACACACACACACGAGUGUAUUGGAAUAAGAACUGUAGGAAUCAACUAUGUCAUUUGGGAGUCACAUUGCUUUUGUUACAAUUUAACUGCCCUCGAUCUCUCUCCACCUUUCCCUCACCUCCCUCCUUUUUUAUUUUUAUUUUUUUAUGGUGGUGCUAGAGGUUGAAUCCAGGUGCCUGAGUAUUCUAGACAGCAUAGAGCCAUAUCCCACCAGAUCCUUGCCCUGGUAACGUAAUAGGUUUUAGGGAUUAAACUUGAUCUACUAUUUGGAAAAAAAAUAACUUGAAGUAUCAGUAAUGGAAGUAGAUCUUAGACGGGAUUAAACUUGAUCUACUAUUUGGCAAAAAAAAAAUAAGUUUUGAAGUAUCAGUAAUGGAAGUAGAUGUUAGACGACUGUUUAUGGCCUGAGCUACUGCUUCCAGGGUGGACCCACACUCCUCUUCCAGUGAAUUUCUACUCUGGAUGAGAAAAGAGACACAGGAGAAAGAUCUCCUUCCUGACUACUGCCUAGAGAGUGGAUUCCAGACAUCGCUACAGAAGGACUUAGCAUGAUGGAAGAAUGGAGUUGGUCCUCAGGAUGCCUCUUUAAGGACCAAAUUCUAUUAUUCCAUUUCAGAACUGAGCAGGGCAGGUCCUCAUUCCAUCCCUGACUUUAGCAGUUGAGUUCUUCCUAAAUAAAUCUUCUAUUGCUGGGAGAGCCUGUAUCCAAUUCUUAAUUGGAAUGUUAAAAGAUGUAUGUAAAGGGGCAGUACCGGAAAAUGGAUUAUAAUUUACUACAUUCAAUCUGCUGUGUCAAACUCAGAGGUACAAAUGAUUGACUUAAAUGUGGCUUUCUGGUUUGAUUUUGCUCUUUUGUACCAAACUCUUUACACCCACCAUAUUUCCAUUUUUGUUAUCUACAGUCCUAUAGGGUGACUGUGGUGGAGGCAAACAAUGUUGAAUCCCCUUUGCCCACCAUGAAGACUGUGCAUACUUCCUAAAGGAUGUAUGAUCUCAUUUCCUAAUUAGGAGCAGACCUGGAACCUGUUAGAAACUGUAAUCCCUUAGGUUUGACCGACACCUCACAAAAUGUGCCUAUUUACCCACUAGCUACACUGUCUCCCCCACAGUAAAGCAGGUCGACAUCCAAACGCUUAUGAGAUGUACUUAUUCAUGCAAAUGUAUUCUGUACACAGUAUGAUGGUGCAGGCAUCAAUAGAUAUGUAUCUCAGACCUGGACAGAGUACUUAGAGAAGAUGCUUUUCUGAUGUUGCUAGGCAACUUGCUUUUGUCUAGCAUAUGGUGUCUACACUCACCCUUCCUUGGCUGCCUCUUGGCUCGGCUGACCCACCUUCCACCAUUACCACUCUCUCCUGUUGCCUGUGAAUUUUCAAUGACUCAAUCCCCCUAAGCCAGAAAUUUUUAUUCCUAGAAUCUCAACAAAGAAAGCCAGCGCAAUUUACAGUAUUAAUGUCAGUCAAAGGUCCUACUUUUUUUUAUCAACUAAACUUGCAUCUCAAGAAGCUUUUGUGCAUGAUCUAACCUAUAGUGUCUAAUUCUGUUGGGACUUAAGUUUAGAGUGAAUAGGUUUGAAUCCACAACUCCUUGUGUGUCUACUGAGUUAGUGUAGCCAGGGAGCCUGUUUCCAAAGUGUUCCCCUGUUUUCAAAGGAAAACACAGUCGCCUGCAUUAGUCAGGGUUUUCCCUGUCUCAUCAGCAUGACUCUGUAGGCUACUUCACUGCUUACUCAUGAGAGGGAUGACAGGGCUGGUUGCAGCAGAGGGAUUAUGGGAAGUUCAUGGGACAUGUACAUGUACUGUAUGUAUCACCAUAGAGACUGGAAUCCAUUUAUUGUAUGUAAAGUUUUAUGAAUGGUUAUUUUAUAAUUUAUGUAUUUAAUAUAGCAAUCAAUGAACUCUGGUGUUUUAGUUUCUAUGAAAAAAAUAAACUGCAUUUUUAAGAAAAAUA